AUGGCAACCGAUGGUGUUCAGCAAGACAUCGAGUAUGUCAACGUCGAAGACAUUUCCAGAUCUGAAGAAGAUCAGAAGAUCCUACAGAGCUAUCACCGUCUCUCUUCGCGGCGAGUAGAUCUCGUAGGCGAUUUUGCCGGCCAAGAACUGUUCGCCAUUGAGGGCGAUUCCCUUCUUCUGCAGUGCUUUGAAAACUCACUACUUGAUUUUGAGGAUGGCUUCCAAAUGCUGCACGCUGUCUACCUUGUAGAAGAAUAUCUCGCUCAGCUCCAGCGCCGUAACUGCAGAUUCCACGUCGCUUUCUUUGACGCCCACCGUCAGCUCUGCAUCCCCCAGAGCGUCAAAUCAAUCGAUCGAUCCAAGUACCUCCUUACACGAGCCGCGAUAAUUCGCCACCUCCAAUCCAAUCUGCAAUCUGAAUUUGUCGAGAUUCACUGCUUCAAGGAUCUGUACGACCAAGCUUUUGAUGAUUAUCUGCGUAAUUCUGCAGUGUACUUCUUGAUGUGUCACGAUGGAGCUCGUAGCCACACUACACAAGACAGAGAUGUUCCCGAUCCAAGAACCCAGCUGAGAUCAGUUAUUGUUCACUUCAUCUUGUCCGGUUACAACGUCGCUCUGAUCAAUGGCUCAGAGUUCGUCGACACAAAGAUCAUGGCUAUGGUGCUAGAAACGAAGAAUCUCUCCCACACAUUGGACCCAGCCCUGGACGCAAGCCCCAAGCAGCCAACUGAUGUCUCGGAGCCCAUCUCUUCCGCAGACAUGAAGGAGAUCGGAACAAGCACAUCCGACCUUACUGAGAGAGAGCGUUUGACGGUUACAACUUUGUCUCGCUUGAUCAAGACUUCAUCCGCCUCGCCGAAUGUGCAACAAUUCACACAUGACGUCCUCGCACACACUGCGCUUCUCCAUGCCUUGCCCCUGUCAACUCGUAGUCUGCAGCACACUGCAGUAGUGAGCGACAACAAGGAGCAUCUCUCUAGCUUCUGCGACCAAGCUGCUGAAAUUCUGAGAGCUUCGAACUGGUCCCAAUACCACCAGGAGUUGGAGAAGAACGAGUGCGAUGUGGCUGAUUUCUUUGAUGGUCGUCUGUUCAACGUUAUCUCUCAGGGUCUCGAUCUCUCCUCGAUGCCGGAAAUUAUGCAGAGCAAACUUCAGAAACUUAACGAAUGCCUGAAGUCCAUCUGUGAUGGGUCGGUAACAAAUGCUGAUGCUGAGACGAGAAAACUGGAAAUUACGUCGUUGGACGCUCCUUCCACAACUCCCACCGGAAAUAUCAGCGUGCUACCGUUCUCCAACCCUGUAUUCGAUCAGCAUCUGACCUCCAUUCGUCUUGGCAUCGACGACCAUGCAUCCGAGGAGACUAGCAAACCUUCAGCUCGCAUCUUCCAGGAGGUGUCUCACUGGCACAACGCCAAGAGACCCAUCCAGACAAAGAACGCACCAGUCCUUUCUCCAAGAGACAAGAUACGCGCUGACCGCAGAAAUCAGAAGUACAUGGAUGAGAUGCAGAAGUACGCUGCUAGUUUGACCAACUCUGUGGGAAGGGCACUCGAGCCCGAGACACUUCUCGUCAAGUCAGCAGCCGAUUCGAAAGUCGCAAAGAAGUCUGAGAACAAGAAGAUCAAUGCUGAGCCCACCAAGACCGUCGACACUUCAAAGAAGGGAAGCAACCCUAAGGGCGGCAAGAAGAACGUCAAGGUCAGUGGCAAGCAGGCUGCCCAAGAGGCAGCUGCAGCGUUCCAAGCCAAGAAGGCAGAAGCUUCAGAUUCCAAGGUUAUGCAAGCAUGGCACAUUAUCCUGAAGAGUCUGUCUGCUGAGAGUGACUUGCCGUCUCGUUACAUCAAGACCAAGGAUUAUUUUGCUAGCUUGCCCAAGGACAAGAGAGAAGUUCUUGGUGCUGAGGUACAACUGUUCUCCCUGAGCACCUUGGUAGAAAUUGCCAUCCAAUCAGGCAAGACGAACGACCAGGAUCCCAAUGGCAUCGUUGCUUUCAUCUGGCACACUGCCAGAAACCUCGUCUUAUGCGACAACAUGACCAAAACAAUCUGCGAGAAGAUCAAGCUUACCAUGGACACAUUCGGUCUCCCUCCUGUCGACUUUCCCAAGCCUACUCAGGACAAGUCACUGCCGUUCCGCUUCGCACUUCCUUUGCAGAGCGCAGAGCUCGUCAAGAACAAGCUAUCGAGCAAGGCUUUCCAGCUUCUUCAUUGUGGACCCUUCCUCGACCGCAGUAUGGACGCUGCUCCCGAUUCAAGAGUAGACUUCGAGCCCGACGGCUGGCAAAGAAAGGUACUUGACGGCAUCGAUGACAAUAAGAGUCUGUUCGUGGUCGCGCCCACUUCUGCCGGUAAAACCUUCAUCUCGUUCUAUGCAAUGAGAAAGGUCAUCGAAGCCGAUGAUGAGGGUGUUCUCGUCUAUGUUGCACCAACCAAGGCCUUGGUCAACCAGAUCGCUGCCGAAAUCCAGGGCAGAUACUCCAAGAAGUUCAAGUACCCUGGAAAGAGCGUGUGGGCUAUUCACACCAGAGAUCAUCGAAUCAAUAACGCUACAGGAUGUCAAGUCCUUGUUACUGUACCUCACGUGCUUCAGAUCAUGCUUUUGGCUCCCUCGCACGCCAACUCAUGGGCGACUAGAGUGAAACGCAUCAUUUUCGAUGAAGUUCACUGUAUUGGCCAAGCUGAAGACGGUGUCGUCUGGGAGCAGCUUCUUUUGCUCGCCCCUUGCCCCGUCAUCGCACUCUCGGCUACAGUCGGCAAUCCUGACGUUUUCAGUGACUGGCUGGCGACCACCGAGAAGGCCGCGGGUAUUGACUUCGAGAUGGUUAGACAUCCAUACAGAUACUCCGACCUGAGAAAGUUCUACUACGAUCCUCCAAAGAAGUUCUUGUUUGACGGCCUAGGUCAGAAGAAGGGUCUACCAACCCUUGGUCUAGAUGGUACUACUGGAUUUGAAUACCUUCACCCUGUUGCUUGCCUUAUCAACCGCUCAGCAGGUAUGCCGGACGAUCUCUCCUUCGAACCUCGUGACUGUUACACACUCUGGAAAGCUAUGAAGGAGCACUCGAACGACAAGUACAGUUUGCCAGCAGAGCUUGACCCCACCAACGCUUUGCCCAACGUUAUUCGCAAGCAGGAGGUUUUGAAGUGGGAAGCAGGGCUGAAGAAAGUCCUGGCUGCAUGGAUGGAAGACUCCGGGUCUCCUUUCAAUGCUGUCUUCACAACUCUCUCUGGCAAGCGACCUCAAAAGGAAGAAUUGUAUGCACCUACCGCAAAGCGAACUGGUCAACGAGAAGCCCAGGAGGUCAAGGAAGAUAAUUUCCUCCCCUUGCUUUGCCGACUCCAUGAACAGGAUGCGAUGCCCGCCAUUUUGUUUAACUUCGACCGCACAAAAUGUGAGGAUAUCUGUGGUAAGAUCCACGAUGAUCUGAAGGAAGCGGAGGACCAGUGGAAGGCUACUGAUCCGAAGUGGAAGGCCAAGAUUGUUCAAUGGGAGGCUUGGAAGAAGGAGCAAGAGCGCAAAGGUGCCAAGGCCAGCAAAGUCUCAAAGAGCAAGAAGCCUGCUGAAGAGGGCAUGACCAAGGCAGACAUGCAGCGUGAUGCUGCUGAUACCGAUGCCAAUGGUUUCGAGGGCUUUGAUCCCGCAGCUCCCCAAGACGGCUACCAUUUCUGUAACUUCAAGGCUAUUCAGAUUUCUGAACUUGAAGAUUACAUGAGGGAACUUGAGUGGAGACGCGUGCCGCAGUGGCUCAUCGUUGCACUGACCAGAGGUAUUGCUGUCCAUCACUCGGGUAUGAACCGCAAAUACCGCCAGGUUGUUGAGAUCCUGUUCCGCAAGGGCUUCCUCAGAGUCGUUGUCGCAACCGGUACCCUUGCCUUGGGUAUCAAUAUGCCCUGCAAGACUGUUGUGUUCACUAGUGAAUCUGUGUUCUUGACCGCUCUUGAGUACCGCCAAUGUGCCGGUCGUGCUGGUCGUCGUGGCUUCGAUCUGCUUGGAAACGUUGUCUUCCAAAACAUGCAACACGACAAAGUCUUGAGACUGAUGUCUUCAAGAUUGCCCGAUCUCAACGGCCAUUUCCCAGUCACCACUACCCUGGUUCUUCGCCUGUUCACCCUCCUUCAUGGAUCGAACAAUUCGAAGUACGCCGCCUCUUGUAUCAACUCCCUGCUUUCCCAGCCUCGUCUAUACAUGGGAGGCCCUUCUUUCAAGGAUCAGACUCUGCACCAUCUUCGUUUCUCUAUUGAGUAUCUCCGAAGACAGCAACUGCUCGACGCGAACGGCACAACCCUGAACUUUGCUGGUCUCGUCUCGCACUUGUACUUUACAGAAAAUUCCAGUUUCGCAUUCCACGCGCUGCUCAAGGAGGGUUACUUGCACAGACUCUGCGCAGACAUUGACAACAACGCAGAGUCGGUGGUCAAUACUUUGAUGCUGGUUAUGUCGCAUCUGUUUGGCCGUGUGUACUGCCGCAAGUCUGAUGCAGAAUAUCGCGAAAAAGUGGUGAAGCCAUCCUCCUCGAUGGUGUUCCUGCCCCCGUUGCCAGAAGAAGCAGCUCAGGUCUUGAACGAGCAUGGACAGCAAACGCUUGACAUCUUCAGUACCUACGUCCGUACCUUUGUCGACCAGCAUGUACAGCAGGCGGACGAUGUUCUGCCGCUCACUGCUAGACAAGUCGGAUCCUCAUCGGUCGAUUCUGCUCCUGGUCUGGGCGAAGUCUCGCUUCCCUCGACCAAGAUCCGUUCGCCAUUCGUCGCUCUGUCCGGACACACCGACAACUUCAAGUCUAUCAAUGAACUGUGUCGCUCGGUUAGAUCUGGUGUCUUCCUCGAAGAGUCGGCUAUUCCUCAUGUGGCCAUGCUCUCUCACGACCUUGACCAACCUUUGAACGCCUACCUGGUUGACUUCUUCAAGCACGGCGACGUCAAGACCCUGGAGAGGGCGAACGGCAUUAGACGUGGUGAUGUCUGGUUUAUGCUUAACGACUUCUCUUUGGUCCUUGCUACAAUCAUCACAAGUCUGCUCAACUUCAUGAAGCUCAAGGUUGGAAGCGACAUGGACUUCCUUGACACCAUGGGAGAGCUUGACACUCUGGAAGAGGCUGAGGACGAGACAGUCGCUGUCAAGGAGGAUGGAGAAGCCGUCCCUGCUCCCAGCGAAGCACCCAAGGCCGCCAUGGCUACGAUCACAAAGAAGAAGGCAAAGAAGGCUGAGAGCUGGGAAGACAUGGCAGAUGAAGAAGAGGUAAUUGAGAAGGAUUAUAACGAGGCCGCCGCCAAGUUAGAUGAGCUUAACCUCGAUAGUGCCGCAUGGGAAGGCCAAGGUGGUGAGAAGGGUUUGCUCAAGGUGCUGAAGGCCUUCCAAAGAUUGCACUCGGAGUUCAACCUGAAGUUCAAGGCCAUGUGGGCGUAG